AGCUGCACUUGCCACAGUGAUCGAUCCAUGCCAUGGAAUCCUGUGAAGUGGCCGCAUGGAAUCGUGCGAUGCAAAACUUGGCCAAGGCGCGCCGGUGGCAGCCAGCCUUGGAAUUGUUGCAUGCCGCCAAGAAGCGUGCUCUUCAGCCGACCCUUGUGAGCUAUCUUAUAGCAAUUGGAGCCUGUGAGCAAGGUCGGAAUUGGUCAUUGGCCCUGGUUCUUAUGCAGGAGUUCCAAUGCUAUGAGUAUCCGCUGCCGCCACAUGUGAAUGCUGUCAAUGCUGCGAUCAGCGCAUGUGACAAAGGUGGCCAGUGGCGGAGAGCAAUACAUUUCUUGGCGUGGUUACCUGGGGUGCCUGGACUCAACAGUUGCCACCAUGAUUAGCUGAGAGAAGUGCGUAAAUAUAUGGUCGUAGGGAACCUGUUCUUGCUAAAAUUUGCCAGUUGGUGGAUAGUGAAACGCAAACAUUUGAUCUAGCUCGGAGAGUCUAUUGAGAAAUCCCAAGAUGGGCAUUGGAGGGGGGCUAACGUUUAGCAGUUCUUGCUCCGUUGGGAAACUUCAUGCGUUUCAAAAAGACCAUGAAAGGACUUGGGCUCCCCCGUGAAGGGGUAGGGUUGCGAACAAGGCGUGCGCGUCCUUUUUAAUCUUGGAUGGGGGUGAGUUGUUAACCACCCCCCAAUAUUUUUUUGCAGAACCUUGCAGGACUCCUGCAACCCGCAAUUAGUUUUGAGAAUUCCGGUCAAGGUCUACCAGAUUCCCAUGCUGGAUGACCGACCGGAUUCAUGUCCAGUUGCGUUGACAAAGUAAUUUUCCAGGAAGUUUACUUACCAGCAGAGCUUUAUGGGCAAACACUUGUUUGCCAGCUUACGCUUUUUCUUGCCGAGAGAUUGGGACAUUUGCCUGACUCCAGUGGGAUUUGCUGCCGGAUGUGGUCAGCUUCAACUCGACCGCGAGUGGCUGUGGAAAGGCCUUCGAAUGGCAGAGGAGACGCAGUAGGUGCGGACCUGUGACAGGUGAUUAAAUUAGCAGACAGUUGUGUAUGUAUAUUAUAUACACACAUAAUUAGCGUAACACACACAUAUAUCACAUAUAUAUAUAUAUAUAUCAGUAUAUACAUAUCGUGCAUCAUGUACAUCUCUGGCUGGCCCUCAGCUCUGAAACCUUUCAGAUCCAACUUGCCCAGCAUUUGCAACCAUCACUCCCAACUCAAAAAAGAAGCUGUACCAACAGCACCCAAGAUGUGUUUGUUUCCGGAUAAAGCACAUCUCUUCAGGUUCACUCUUGGAAUGCAAAUUGCAUCCCUCUGGCCAUCGGAUGCCACUCCCCCCAGACGACUGCAAAAACCAGCAAUUGAAAGAUCACGAUAGGAAGUGAGGACUGACCACUUGGUUGUAGUUGUAGUUAUUGAACAAGUUGCCUUUGCAAGUUUCCGCGGUGGAUUGCCCACUCGCACAAUGCAUCAAGAAGAAGGACAACACCUAUCCAGCGAGGCGAGGAAACAAGAGUCGAGUGCCAGUGCCCAUCACAACGAAUCCAGCUUUGACCCCUCUCCCUCGAACUGCAAGAAGGAGUUGAGAAGAGUAGUUAGAUUGGCAGGAUGUGCGAUAAUUAGAUCAUUUGAGCCUGAGGCAAUUGAGGCCGCGAUGAUUCAGUUCAUCCUCAGAGCUUUCCCAUGGUCUUUUGAAUGGCGGGGCUUGUUUUGCUUGUUUGUUAGUUAGCU